AUCCGACCCGCCUCGUCAGUUUGAAGUCAAAAGGAGAUCAAGUCGAAGCCAUGCGGAAACCAUGUGCGCGCGGGUUUGCGUGUUUUGCAUUCAAUAUGUGGUCCAGAUCGUCGUGAUAGUGUAAUUUAGGCGGAUGUUUUGGGUGCUUGUUGUGAUGAUUUGGACGUUUGAAUCUGUUCCGACUCGUGAAUCAUCAUGGAUCAUGCUACCGGACCAACUGUGGCGAAGCGAAAAGGUACCGAAGAUGCAGACACAAAUGAGGCCAAAAAGCUAAGACCAGAUGAUGCUAAUGACGUGAUUCCAUCAUCAGUUAUGACUGCGUCAAACUCCACAUUGCAGUUACGGCCCGUACUGGCUGACGAGUACGUCCGGAAGGUUGUCACAGUGCCCGUCUACGUCGGACGAAUUGUCAAUCGCAAAGAGACGUCCCGGCUGGUCAGGUGGCUGUCUGACUCGAUACCGUUGGGCGAGCUGCAGCACCUGAAAAGAGUGCGCAGUACAGCAACAGGUAUGCAGGUCAUACUUCGCCCAGUCAAACAAGAUGACUCUGACGGUGCGAAGACUGUAGAAGACGUACUAAAAGCCGACCCGACUCUCACCGAAGGUCUGUCCGAGGAUGCGAUAGUAGUGCAUGUACCUCGGUACGUGCCACUGACAAGAUGCCAGUUCGAAGCGUCUAAUGCAAUCUGGCCAACGCAGUUCCACGAGGACAAGCUGAUUGCAAGGAUACUCGGGGACAAAUUCUUCACGACCAAGGACAAGGAAGAAAUGGAAGGUUACAUGAGAAUGGCUCUUGGAGCAGCUCGCAAAAGCCUGACAGGUGUUGGGGUUGUCGUCAUCAACCAGGACACGUCCACGCCUCUGGUCAUUGCUACCAGAGACGCAAGUCAUCCUCUCAAGCAUGCCGUGAUGGUGGCAGUGGACAUGGUUGCCAGACAGCAAGGUGGAGGAGUGUGGCCAGUGACAGCCGAAGAUGUCCUCUGUAAAGUCACACCUCAAGAACAGGAAGUGAACAAGAAGGCACCUUACCUUUGCACAGGCUACGACUUCUACAUCACUCAUGAACCGUGCACGAUGUGCGCCAUGGCGUUGGUGCACUCGAGAGUUCGCCGGGUCUUCUACGGAUGCCCGACGUCGCAUGGUGCUUUGGGCUCGCUCCGAAAGCUGCACGUCCAGCCAGCCCUCAACCACCAUUUCCAGGUGUGGUGCGGACUUUUGGAGCAAGAGUGCGCAGCCCUCAAUGACAGUACCCAAGAAGAUUGUGCAACCUCGACAGAGGUCAACAAUUCUUGACAUGGCAUUCCUGGUUGCGAUCUGGUGGUGUGUUUGUGACAUCUACGUAACCGUCAACUUAUCAUGUGUGGUGAAUGGUUGGGGCUCUCUUCUGCAGAACGUGUACAACAACGCACUCGUCACACUGGUCUAAAAAAAAAAAGGCGCAUUUGGUCACUGGCGUGGCAUUUGGGUUACCACCUUUCGUAUGCAUUCUUGACAACCUUGUACCCGUUCGUAAAAUUUAAGCAAGCCUCAACCAAUUGUCUCAACCAAUCGAGUGUGUCGAUUGGUUGAGGCUCUCUACUUCAGAAGAUGUAAAACACACACACCCAUCUUUUCCUUCUGAUAAAAUUAAGACGCAUUUUGACCACUGAUGUGCCAUCACGGGUUACGAUCUUGUACACAUUUGUGACGUUUACGAUAUCCUCUACCAAUCGUGUGUGGAAAUUGGUUGGGGCUGUCCGUUAUAGAAUGUGUACAUCACACCCCUCUUCUCGUUCCGGUAAAAUAAAGAAAAGAGACACAUUUCCACCACCAACAUGGCGUUCGGGGCUGAGAUCUUGUAUGCAUUUGUCACAUAUACGUAAGCCUCAACCAAUUAUGCUUGGUGACUGGUUGAGGCUAUCUCUAACAGAAUGUGUAUAACAUCACAACCCGCUUCUCGUAUCAGUGAAAUAAAAAAAAGACACUUGUUUAUGU